AUGCCUUCCCGAGCUCACGCAAGCGAUUGGAUGCGUACGGUCAGCGACGAAGAAGAAUCCGACGCCGGCCAAGGAUAUUCGUCGGAGGAAGAUCAAAGGACCCGAGUAUCGAGACCUACCAAGCGACGACGAUUGUCGCAAUCCGAAGAUGAUAACGAAGACGAGGAAGAUGACAUUGGUGGCGAUAUCUCCGAAGACGAGGAAGUUCAGCGACCUGUUGGUGGAAGAAGGAAACAACGGGUAGCUUCUGAAGACGAAGAUGAUCUAGAUGACAUGGAACUUGACGAAGACGGAGAAGAAGAUGACGAGGAUGAAGAUGAAGAUGAAGAUGAAGCAGAACGCUCCCUCCCCGCCCUAGGCUCUAUCCCACUUAAGAAGUCCUCCAAACCAUCUACACAGAACCUCAAUAUCACCGAUCCAACCCAACUAAAACGCCUCACGCCGGCUCAAUUGGCCAUCUCCAAAACCACCUUGAAAAAAACAGGGGUCAUCUACCUCUCCCGCAUCCCACCAUAUAUGUCCCCUCCACAGAUCCGUCACCUCUUAACACCCUUCGGCACCAUAAACCGCAUCUUCCUAUCCCCAGAACCACCACAUAUAUACCAAAAACGAAUCAAAAACGGCGGUAACAAAAAACGCCAGUUCACAGAAGGUUGGCUCGAGUUUGCUAAAAAGAAGGAUGCGAAAUGGUGCGCAGAGAGUUUGAAUGCUCAACAGGUCGGUGGGAAGAAAGGCGGCUGGUGGUAUGAUGAUGUGUGGAAUUUGAAGUAUUUGAGUGGAUUCAAAUGGGGAGAUUUGACGGAGCAGAUCGCAAACGAAAAUGCGGCACGACAAGCCCGUCUUCGAGCAGAGAUUUCGCAGGCAACGAGGGAGAACAAGACUUAUAUUCGAAACGUUGAGCGAGCGAAGAUGGUGGAGAAUAUGCAAGCUGCUGCGAAGGAGAAGCGCAAGGCUGCUGAUAUUGGCGAUGGCGGUGCUACUGAAGCUGUUGCAAAUGAGAAAGAUAAGAUUAGAAGAACGUUCAAGCAGAGAACUGCAGUUACAAAGACGGUAAAGGCCGGUGAGAAGAGUAAGGGCGAAAAGUCAGAUGCCAUGAAGAAGCUUUUGAGCACAGUGUUUUAA